GGAAGUGCGUCACCAGCGGGCACCCGGAAGCGGCGGCGGCGGGCGGCAGGGCCGGAGCCGGCGGCGGCGGCAGCGCCGGGCCCGCAAGGCUACGCGCGGAGAGAUGGGAAGGAGCCCAGCCACGCCUAACCAAGAAGAGCGCAGCCUUAGGAGAGUGCUGUGAGGAUUAGGAGAAAAAAAAAAAAAACCCAAACCGCUGCUCGCUGCAGGUGGCAGGGAGGCAGAUCAGAGAGCUGAAUCUGAUGCUCAGAAAGUGAGCCCCCUCCAGCUGCAAAGAUGGUAAUAAACGUCUGUCUCCCCCAGUUCAAGCCGAGAAUUCACUGCAACAAGAUCUCCGCCGACGGUUACGAAGUGGAGAACCUGAUCUCGGAGGACCUCGCCAGGAGAAAUCGUGGUUUCCGCAGCGAGUACUUCAUCAAACCCCCCGUCCACGUCACCAUCUCCUUUCCCUUCAACAUCGAGAUCUGCAGGAUCAACAUCGACGUCUCCUCCGGAGGCUACCAAACCUUCUCCGGGCUCGAAGUUUACACCUCUACCUCAUGCGCUAAAACCUCCUGGCAGAGCCCCGAGGGGCACUUCUCAGGUCUGGCCGGCCAGCCCGUGUCGGACAAAGACACUUUCACGCUGGUGGGCAAAGCUGUCUUAAAAAAUCAAAGCAAAGCGACGUUCGGCCACCGGGGCUUCAGGCCGAGGCCUCCCUUCCAUCAGAUGGAGAACGUUUUCUCCUACCCGGGCUCCGUCUCUCAAGACCUGUGGAACAAAGGGCCCGCCUCGCUCAGCAACGUCUCGCACCUGAAGCUCUGCAUCACCCACGUGGCCGGGGGCGGCCUGCCUUGCAUCAAGAGGCUGGAGGUGUGGGGGCAGCCCGCCAAGUCGUGCCCGCAGGAGGUGAUCGAGGGGGUUUUCCGGGUGGCCUCCCAGUGCCUCGCCCAGGACGGCGGCAGCCUCAAGCCGGAGCUCUGGACGCCGAUGGAGAGCGACUGCGUGCCCUUGGGCACCAACGACGGCGAGCGGCAGGCCCUCCGCAAGCUGGUGGACGCGGUCCAAGACGUCCCCGAAGAAUUCCUGGACCCCAUCACCCUGGAGAUCAUGACCUUCCCCAUGCUCCUGCCCUCCGGGAAGGUGAUCGACCAGAGCACCUUGGAGAAGUGCAACCGGAGCGAGGCGUCUUGGGGCAGGGUGCCCAGCGACCCUUUCACCGGGGUGGCCUUCAGCCAGCACUCGCAGCCCCUGCCUCACCCCACUCUCAAGGCCAGGAUAGAUCAUUUCCUCCUGCAGCACAGCAUCCCCGGCACCAACCUGCUCGGCAGGGCUCACGCCUCCGAGAUGCUCGUUCCUUCUUCCGUAACCGUGUCUUCUCUGAAGAGGAAGAUGGACUGCGGGGAUCCGAGCUCCGCGCAGCCGCCUUAUUUUUCUUCUACAGACUUGCUUGUCACGGCUACCUCAGAGAACAGUGCUAAAAAAAUGAAAACGGACGGUGACUCGCAUUUGAUCCAAAUGGACUGUUCCACAGAUGCGAUCCCUCACGAGCAAAAGCUCUCGGAGAGUUUGGACACGGCCUUGACCUCGGCGCUCAGCUCCAUGCCGUCCUUCACGGCCAAGCUGAUGAAAGGGCAGCAGCAGGCGCAGGGCGAGGGAGGCUGCAGCACCUCGUGGAACGCCGCCUCCGGCCUCGAGCACGGCAGGAGCGGCCAGACCCAGGGGUGCGCGUCCUGCGGCAAAACCUUCUCGCCCUACUUCAAAACGGAGCCCGUUUACCAGCUCCCCUGCGGCCACCUCCUGUGCCGCCCCUGCUUGGCCGAGAAGCAGAAGUCCCUGGCCGUGGCGUGCGGGAGCUGCAAGCGGUCGGUCGCCACGCACGACGUCAGGAGGGUUCACUUCUAACCUGCCGGGAGGACGAGAAAACAGGAGCUGCCGCUGCCGCCUGCGUGGAUUCGCGCGAGGACGGCGGCCUUUGGAGAGCCUGCCGGCUGAGCACCCGUAAUCGUGGAGAGGAUUUGGGUCUCCUCGUGCUUACAGAGUAGCGGGGGGGGGGGGUUAGAGCGUCGCGCCGGAGCAAAGCGGCCCGAGGGUAACAAAAGCCAUAGCUUCUUUAACGAGGAACUUGUAUUUAUACAGAACCGUCACGCCCGCCCUCUCACCGCCGUCCCCGUGGCUCAGUGGUUAGCGUAGGUGCCUUUCGGGCAGGGAGUUUCGCUUCCCCGUGAGUUAAAAACCAUUUACACGUUCGGUGAGCCCUGGCGGUGGGUAACACAACACCCAAGCUACCCGACCUCUCCCCCAUCCCCGCCUCGCCCACCCCCCCGAUGUCGCUCGUCCUGCCGGAGUCCAGCAAGUGAUGAAGAGAGGCCGUGGUUAAGGCACGAGGGACUGGCAGCGACCUCCCUCUGCUCGCAGGGACCCUUGUAGAAAAGCCAUCGCAUUCCACCCCCCCCCCCCCACCCCGCCUCUCGGUCUCCGUCGCGUGGCCGGCCCAGCUCCCGUCCGGCCGACAGACAUUUACGCCUUAAUAAAAACCGCGGUUCCAGCCCGCUCCUC